CCUGGCUUCCAGUGUCAACUUCCUCUAAUGGGACACACUGUGAUUUGUGUGAGCCUUCACUGCAAGGCACACCGCUCGGUGUGCCACCAGGGUGGGUAUAAAUUCAUGACAGCUCAACUAUCUAGUCGUUAAUCUAACAGGAAACUAACCUCACUUCUCACUAACAAGAAGAACGUUUUUUUUCGAGAUUCAAGAGCAGAACCAGGAGAGUUCAGGUCAACAAUGAAUAAACAGUCUAGCAUUAACAAAGAAGUCUUCAUCCCUCAUAAUGAACGGCUGCUGGUGGCAGUGGAGGUACAGAGGAGAAAAAAGAAGAGGAUGUCUUUCCUUUCGCUAGGAUCCAAAAAAAACUAUGCAACAUUCAUCUGUGUUUCAGUGACCAACACAAGGCCACAGCAGCUCCUCAUUUCAAAGGUGAAGCAGUUUAGUGGUUCCUUGGCCUUCACAAGGACAUCACAGUGGGCGGUGGAGCAACUACGACAGGUCAAUGGCAUUAACCCCAACAAGGACAGUCCCGAAUUUGACCUGGUGUUUGUCAAUGCUGUGGACCAGUGGGUGGCCAGCUCAGCAGCAGAAAAGUGCAUCUUCAUUCAGAUUCUAUAUCGGGCCUGCCGGACCUACUGGGAUGGAAAGGCAGGAAGCCUGGUCAAAUCGAGCCGCCGGGGUUCCUACCAGGUUGGGGGGGCUGGUCCCAGUGAUUCGUUACGUCGGCGUUCAUCUGGAACGCUAACAUCCCGACGAAAAAGCUUAGUUGCACCCAGACCACCAGAGUUCAUCAACUGCCCGUCCAAACUCACAGGAGAGUCCUCCGACAUGAAUCUGUUCAUCUACCGCUGCAAAGCCUUCUUGAAUCAUAUGACGAAGAAGAUGGUUGCAAGCCAUAGGCGCUCACAAAAUAGAGUCCAUCAGUUAAAAGUGGCUCUGAGGGAGCGUGGGCACAAACUGACUCCAGCUGAAGACAAGACGGUAGGGCUGGUCCACACAGCCCAGCAGAUUGCGGACAUUGCUCACAAGAUGGCCCUGAAACGUGCAAAAUAGAAUCUUACAGGAUGGAGGAGAUGAAAACCAAGUGGAUGCAAACAGUUCCGAAUUCCUUCACAAAAAUGUAUUUAAAGAAAACUAAGGAUCUACGUGCAGCCACUUACUUGGUGUAUUCAGAAAUACAUAAUUAAUCUUUGUUUGUAUUUAAAACACAAGACGAUGGUUCUCAUAUAAUAUACAGUAUAUAAAAUAAAUAAUAAAAUAAAAAUAGUAUGCAAAUCUGUUGCCAGCCAUCAGAUGAAUCUUGUUUUUAUUAGUCGUGCUUUUAUUAAAAACUUUGUACAAAGCAACUAACACACCUUGUCUGCAUGUUAUCCCAACUCAUUGUUGGGUACUACUGUAAAAUAAUAUUGUGUGUCCAAUGUGUCUGUCUAUGUUCCUAGAACAUGAAUCCAAGUCUUGUAUGCUGCCAAGGUUCAGCGAGUCUUUGUAACUUACAGUUUGUCUUGUCUAUGUCAAUAAAGAUUGUUCAUGUUGCACCAUGA